UGAUUCUUCCCCAGAAGCCUGCCUCCUUCCGCACCAGGUCAGGGGAUCUGGCCCCCUGGAAGCACUUAGGAAACGCCCCAGCUCAGAGAUUUCCUUGGGACCCCUGCCCUGCCCCUGGUGGGAGGAGAAUCUGGGGCCUCCCAGUGGGAGGACACAGCUCAGGGUGGGAAGUAAAUUCCUCUACUGCACGUCAUCUGCCUGGUCCUUGGUCAAAUUCCAGGAACCUUGCCAGUUAAAUUCCUUAUUAACUCUGGAGUUGGUUAUACUGCAAGAAAGGAAGGUGGAGGCCGCCCCAGGCUCUCUUUCUCUCAUUUCUGUUGCCUUACCUGUGAAGUGGGGCAAGCAGACCCACCAACAAACCACAAGGGCUUGCUGCCCCUGACAGGCAGAGGAAGGCCAUCCCUGGCUGGGCUGGGACUCGUUCAGGGCCUGCUGAAGCCUCUCGGAGGACCCCCUUCCCAGCCUCUGCAGUUCCUGCAGCUUCUAGGAGGUAUAACCCCACAUCCCUGCCCCCUGGGCCACCUGCAGCCCGCUGGAGAGAGAUGAGUAGCAACAAAAUGGCUGAGUGCACUGCAUGAGCUGAACUCCAGAGAAAGCACGGUCAUCAGGAGCCAGAGGCACUCUUCUCCAAAACCGCCUGAAGGUGGUGCCGGAGGGGCCUGCUGAGUGCAGCGCAGUGCUGGCCACUGGCCUCUGGAGUGGGCGGGUGUUGGAGAAGCCACAGACACUGAAGCAUGUGCACCAGACCAGGUGCAAAGCCCACAGAACCAGGAAGAAAACUCCUUCCUUCUGGCACCGUCUCUCCAGUGCCCUCUACUGACAAAGCUUAAAAUGCAGUUACCUGGCAAAGAAAAACAUGUAGAGGGCCCAGAUCCACUGUCACAGAGCAGACAAGGGGAGCAGCGGUCAGCAGUGUUCGUGAUCCUCUUUGCUCUCAUCACCAUCCUCAUCCUCUACAGCUCCAACAGCGCCAGUGAGGUCUUCCAUUACGGCUCCCUGCGGGGCCGCGGCCGCCGGCCUGCCAACCUCAAGAAGUGGGGCAUCACUGACGGCUAUGUCCCCAUUCUUGGCAACAAGACACUGCCCUCCCGGUGCCACCAGUGUGUGAUUGUCACCAGCUCUAGCCACCUGCUGGGCACCAAGCUGGGCCCUGAGAUCGAGCGGGCCGAGUGCACAAUCCGCAUGAACGAUGCGCCCACCACGGGCUACUCAGCUGAUGUGGGCAACAAGACCACCUUCCGCGUAGUGGCCCAUUCCAGCGUAUUCCGUGUGCUGCGAAGGCCCCAGGAGUUCGUCAACCGGACCCCUGAAACCAUAUUCAUCUUCUGGGGCCCCCCAAACAAGAUGCAGAAGCCCCAGGGCAGCCUCGUGCGUGUCAUCCAGCGGGCAGGCCUGGUGUUCCCCAAUAUGGAGGCCUACGCUGUCUCUCCCGGCCGCAUGCGCCAAUUUGACGACCUCUUCCGGGGUGAGACAGGCAAGGACAGGGAAAAGUCCCAUUCGUGGUUGAGCACUGGCUGGUUCACCAUGGUGAUUGCGGUGGAGCUGUGUGACCAUGUGCACGUCUAUGGCAUGGUCCCCCCCGACUACUGCAGCAGCCCCGCCUGCAGCGCAUGCCCUACCACUACUAUGAGCCCAAGGGGCCGGAUGAGUGUGUCACCUACAUCCAGAACGAGCACAGCCGCAAGGGCAACCACCACCGCUUCAUCACUGAGAAGAGGGUCUUCUCAUCGUGGGCCCAGCUGUAUGGAAUCACCUUCUCCCACCCCUCCUGGACCUAGGCUGCCCUGCCUGUGGGGCUCUUAGGGACAAGGAGAGGGGCUUUCCACUCAGCCACUCAACCAAGGGCCAUCGUCCGGCCUGUGAAGGCUGGCCGGAGAGUCUUCUGGCCAAUCCAGGCCUUGUAGAAGACUUACCCUCCAGCCAGUGAGGGCUGGGGGGUGUCUCUUGACCAAUCAGGGAUUUGGGCUUCUAUGUGGUUAAUCGGGGUGUUAGGGGUACUUCUUGUCCAGUCAGGGUCUAAGCAUAGUCAAUCAGGGUAUUUCUGAGUAAUCUGAGGCUAAGCACAUGUCCUUUCUCUUGAGGCCUUGGUUCAGGGCCCCAGGGUGGAACCCAGAUCACUCCCUAUUGGCUGGGACACUGGGGUCCCAUCCCAAGCAGCUGGGAACUUCGUGCUGCCCCUUCACUCCCCAGAGCUAAGAGGAGGUUGUGUGAGGGUGGGAGCUGUCUGGAGGCCGGGCCAGGGAAUUUUUGGGGUUCUAGGGGUUCCGGAGGCGGGAGGUCAGCAUCUGGGUCCUGGCUCCGCCCCAAGUGGCCUUGGACAAACCCCUUGCCCCCUCUGUCACCCUUCUGCCUGUGUCAGGUUCUAAUGUGGAGUCUGAGACCCCCUCCCGCCUCCCCCACUGAUAGCCUGGGGUCUGUCCCCACAAGGAAAGGCUGGGCCCUUCCAGCACCACCCCUUGCUGGGGCACUCAGCUUCCCUAGGGCCUGGGGUACCCUUCCCCACUGCCUCCUGGAAACUUAAGGGUGUUUUUGUGCAAACACUCCCAGGGUUUGGGAGACUCUGGCAGGAACCCGAAGCAGCUGUUUUCUUAGCCCCUCCACCCAGCUGCCCCUUGCUUGGCUCUUAAAGAGCCAGGCCCCCUUUUCUGUCAUCAGCAGUGAGGCUUUCCACCUGUCGGAGGAGCCUUUGGGGCUGAGAAAGGGGAAACCCAGCCAAAUGGGGUUUCAUGCAGCCUGUUUGUCUGCAAUUGCUGGAGUCUUCCAAGGGUCUCCCCAAACUGGGCCUGGGAAGGCUCCAGGGGGUUAGGAGCUGUGCCACCUGGGUUCUGUCCCCUCACUCAACAUCAGGCACUUUAUUGCUGGGCCUCAGUGGGCUGGGAUUGCCUCCCUGCUCUUCCAGAGCCUGGAAGGAAAACUGGAGGGCUUCCUGGAGAAGGCUGUGGAGCGGGAGGGGUCAGGUGGAGGAGGAGGAGGCCAGCAGCAGCCAUUGCACACUGGGAUUGGGUGGGGGGGCCUGCGACUGCCCCAGAGUUGGUUUUGUAUGAUUUGUACAGGAAUAAAUGCAUCUAAGCUCUG